UCGUAAUAUUUCAGUGAAUAAAAUUAUGAGUCUCUACUCAGUUUCAAACUUUUACUUCAACAGUCGUGUCAUAAAAAACAAUUCUAGUGAAUAUCGUUUCAAUCUGUGCAUUUUAUCAUCUAUUACGGAUAAGAAUAAAUUUGCCCAGAAGAUUAUUUGGUCAAAUGAAAAUGGCCACAAUCCCAAUAAAAUGCAUCCUCACCAUCAUUUUGGCUUCUGUCGUUUGCUGUAAUUGCCAAUCAGACAACUUCCUAGCGUUUUCUUCUAGGGCAAAACAGACGACGAGCGAAAUCUCACCGAAAACGUUCAGUUCUAUGAAGUACGGCAACUUCCGCAUUGAUAUUUACGAACACGUUGACAAUCACAAAGCAACGACAACUGCUAGUGAGAAAAAAUAUUUCUACUCUCCCCUUGCGCUAUUGGACCACAAAAGUGCCGUUAGUUCUUACAACAAAUUUACGAAACAGCCGGAGAUGAGAUUCCGCAUUGAAAUGUGGAACGACAAAGUCGAAAAUGAAGUCGUAAAAUAUUUAAAUGAAGUCGUCGGUUAUGAAAUUAAAUCAAACAAAAUGACAGUUAUUCCCUUGGAGAAGGUCCUUCUCAUCAGCAAAAGAGCCACGCAAGAUUAUUUUCUAUCUCCAGAAUGGACGAAUUAUGACAAGAGCAAAACCCUCUGGUUUUCUCUGUCGUGUUAUGAACAGAAAAUCUGCGACGAACUCGCUAAUGAAAUGCGAUCUGACCCCAAACAUUUAGACCAUUUCAAACUCCUGUACAGUUUAUCAUCGCAGUCGUCGCAAACCAAACAGACGACCAUCCGCUUCGAAAGCGUCACUUCCGGUCAAAUGGUCUCUACUCUUUUACAGAAAUUUAAAGACAAAAAAGAAAUUUUUUUGACGGCCAACGACGAGAAGAAAAUGUUGACGGAAACGGCCACCAACAUCCGAAUGGACACAUUUGACGACUACGAGGUUGGGUCGCCUGAUACGGAAUCUCAAAUUUCAAAUAUUUUAAAGGAUUUGCUGGUCACAUCCAGGACGACCAUCAAAGAGCAAAACGACAAAAUGUGGGACUCUGUUUUCUGGCAUGAGGAUAAUUAUCGGCCGGACAAAACGACAAAAACUUUAAAUGAAAUCAUUAAAAAACUGGACACGGAAACUCAAAAGAAACUGGCGGAUAUGUUCCAAAAAGUGGAGAAGCAAUCGGUAAUGUUAGGAAAAUUAACUUUGAGUAAUAACUUCGAGAAAAGACGAGAGGAACAAAUUCGUAAUGAGAAAUGGGAACUUGCAAAGAAUCAAACGAAUGAACAAAAUAAAAAUUUUGAGAAUAAAGGAAGAAUCCAACAUAAUUUCGACUCUAACAGUUGGGCUGACGUGGAUAGAAUUAGUUCAACAAUUUCAGAAAAAAUGUCAAACGAUUCUGAUAGUUUAAGCCAGUUCGAAAUUUUGAAGGAAGACGUGGAAAAAUUAUUAGAUGAAAGUAGAAAUCACAUUCAAUGGGACGGAGAGAAAUUCGUGCCCAAACCCAUGCAACUGAGCAAAAUCAAUUUGGACAAAUUUCGUGACUCUCAAACAUUCCAGGAUCGCAACGUCCGCGUCCGUUACACGAACGCUGAACUGUCGGCGCCAAUCAAAAUUAUGGAACACGCAGAAUUGACCGUCACCGAUGAAUGGAACAUUUUGAAGGGCGAACUCAAAGCCACUACAGAGCUCUUAACCACAACCGUGAACAAUUUGGAGAAAACGAAUCAAGAACUGAGCAUUGCGAAGAAUGCUUUAACUAACACGCGCAUUGAUUUGACUAAUGAAAUAGAAGGGACUAAAAAGGAGUUGAGGAAAACCAAAAUCGAGUUGGAGGAAACGAGGGCCAAUGUCGAAAAUUUAUCAAUAAAGCUAAAUGAAACUAAAAAGGAAUUGGUGAAAACGAGAGCAGAUAUCAUCAAAACCGUCGAUGAAUUAUCUGCAAAAUUAAAUGUGAAUUCCGAUCUAUUAGGUCAAGAAUUAAAAGUUGCUGAGGAUAUGAAAAAAGAUCUGAGAGCAACCUCAAAUGAUUUGGAAACUGCAAAAACAAAUUUGGCCUCAACGAGAAUGGAAUUGAACAGCACAAAGUCGGCCGUUGCGGAUUUGGUGACCAAAUUAAAUGCACGAACGAGUGAAUUAGUUGACAUUGGUCAAAUGCCAACCUCGUGUGAAGAUCUGCAGCGAAUUGGACAUAAACUGAACGGAUUCUUUUCGGUCAAAGGAUCCAAGAAGAUGGAAAUGAUUUACUGCAACUUUUUUGCUAAUAAAAAUGACCAACAGAAAUGGAUUGGAUACGCCGACGUCAAAUCGGCGCCUGUCCAUUUCUCCGCCCAGAGAAAUUCUAAAUUUGUUUUAGAAAAUACUCCGAUUCCGUUCGAUUUGGCGGUGAUGAACGAGGGAAAUGCCAUGGAUUUGACAUCGGGGAAAUUCACGGCACCGCGACCGGGAAUUUAUUUUUUCUCUUUCGCAGGAGUGGCGCGUCUCGAAUCUUCAUCUUCUUAUGUUCAGUUUAAUUCUAAUCUUUAUUUGAACGGGAAUCGAAUCGGGUCGAGUUUAGUUCGAGAGGAUAAGGGCUCCGUUUCUCAAUAUAAUCCUGUGACCCUCCAGUCGACGCUAAACUUGAAAAAAGGCGAUCAACUCUGGCUGCAGAUUGAGAUUUCUGGUUCAUCGUAUUUGUAUGAAGACAGUCGCCACUACACCCAUUUCACGGGUUUCAUGUUGGAAGAGGAAAUUGUGGCGUCCCUUUAAGGUUUUGGGUUCAACAUCCAAAAUGAUGUUGACGUUGACACGAAAAUUUGGGGAAGGGAAUUUUAAGGGGGAAGGGAAAAGAGCUCAUUUGUUUCCAAUUCAUUACGGAAUGGACAUUUCUUUACCAAAAUUGAACUGUAGAUGUAAUUACACUUACUGAAUACACAAGCAAAGUUUCAAAAUUCUAUCUGCAAAACA